CUCUCAAGCAUUAACUUUCCACCGAGCCCAACCCCCCUCAAUGCUGCUGUCGCCCAACAUGUCUGCUAAAGUUGAAACGUUUUCCUCGGUAGCCGGACAAAUGGCGGACACGUCCUUACAGAAGAGAUGUUCCUCCAAUGAAAUGACCGGAUGAGAUCGGACCCAAGGAAGACUUGGAUUUUUUUGCUGCCAAAGGCACCGGGGGAUUAAUGGCGUCGGUCGCCGCCUGGCUGCCCUUUGCCAGGGCAUCCGCCAUCGGCUGGGUGCCCAUAUCCCAGAAUCCCCUCCCCACCCCUACAGUCCGCCCGGAAACACGGCGAGGGGAUGAGAAGCUCAAGAUCAACGUCAGCGGGCGACGGUUCGAAACCUGGCGAACCACGUUGGAGAAGUUCCCGGAUUCGCUGCUCGGCUCUAACGAGAAGGAAUUCUUCUACGACGAAGAUUCCGGGGAGUAUUUCUUCGACCGCGAUCCUGAUAUCUUCCGGCACAUCCUGAAUUACUACCGCACGAGCCGGCUGCACUACCCCAAGCACGAGUGCAUCAGCGCCUACGACGAGGAGCUCGCCUUCUUCGGGAUUUUACCGGACAUCAUCGGCGACUGCUGCUACGAAGACUACCGAGACCGGAAACGGGAAAACAGCGAGAGGUUGAUCGACGACGAGAAGAGCGAGAACGGCGACUACGACCCGGCCAUCUGCCUCCGGGAAAAAAUGUGGCGGGCGUUCGAGAACCCGCACGUCGGCACCGUCGCUUUAGUCUUCUACUACGUCACCGGGUUUUUCAUCGCCGUCUCCGUCAUCGCCAACGUCAUCGAAACGGUCCCGUGCGGGAAAGUCCGCGGGGCUAGCAAAGAAGAUUCCUGCGGGGAGCGAUUCUCCGUGGCGUUUUUCUGUCUAGACACCGCCUGCGUCAUGAUCUUCACGGCGGAGUAUCUUCUCCGGCUCUACGCGGCUCCGGACCGGUGCAAGUUCAUGCGCAGCGUCAUGAGCAUCAUCGACGUCGUGGCCAUCAUCCCUUACUACAUCGGCCUGGCCAUUCCCAACAACGAUGACGUCAGCGGCGCCUUCGUCACGCUGAGGGUGUUUCGGGUGUUCCGUAUCUUCAAGUUCUCCCGGCACUCGCAAGGAUUACGUAUCCUGGGAUACACACUCAAGUCCUGCGCCAGCGAGCUGGGGUUCCUGCUUUUCUCACUCACCAUGGCUAUCAUCAUCUUCGCCACCAUCAUGUUCUACGCCGAGAAGAACCAGGAAGGCACUACAUUCACCAGCAUUCCCGCAGCAUUUUGGUAUACCAUCGUCACCAUGACAACGCUUGGGUGA